AUGCAACCUUCGGAGUCGCACAAGGAGGCAAAACUGGAGGUGCAGCACUACCAACCUGAGCUGCUGAGGGCAGCUCGGAUGGGCCUUCUGCACCAACUACGUGAUAUUCUGGGCAGUGACAAUAUAACUAUCACACCGGUUGUGUUGGAGCCUGUAGUCAUGAUCGACAUUGAGAGGGUCGACAUCGACGUUGAAAGGGUGGACACCCUGGAGAUGGACUCGAUCCUCCAUGUCGUUGCGGCGAGCGGCGAUGAAGAGAACUUCUUGGAGUGCGCAAGCGUGAUUCACGAGAAGGCCAAGCACCUCCUGGACGCAGGCAAUAGCAAGGGUGAUACGCCCUUUCAUUGCGCUGCAAGAGCUGGCGGGGUGGAGAUGCUCUCUCGUCUCAUCCAUCUGGCAAGAGCCGACGGCGGGCAUGCAAGGGUGACGGAUGUGCUGAGAAAGCAGAACAAGAAAGGCGAGACGGCCCUUCAUGAGGCCCUCCGCUUGGCCAACAAGAAAACUAUGAAGGAAAUGGUUAAAAAGUUAAUGGAGGUGGAUCCAGAAUUGGCUUGCAUUCCGCAUUGCGACGCUACAUCGCCCUUGUACCUGGCCGUCUCACUAGGACAUGAUGAUAUUGCAGUCUUUUUGCAUUCGGAGAACGAGAAGCUGUCCUACUCUGGACCAUAUGGACAAAACGUCUUGCAUGUCGCCGUGCUUAGGGGCAAAGAGAUUACAAAGAAGUUACUGGACUGGAACAAGGCCCUCACCAAACAAGCGGACAAAUUGACUGGAAGUACGCCUCUUCAUAUUGCCAUAUCAUGGGGGAGUCAAAGCAAGGAGGUGAUCAAACUACUAUUGCACUGUGACGAAUCUGCCGCAUUUCAAAGCGACAAUAGUGGGUCGUUCCCUAUACAUGUGGCAGCAACGCUAAGUUCACGGUCUACACUUCGCGUGUUGCUGGACACGGUGCCCACAUGCGCAGGACUGCGUGAUGGUAAUGGCCAGACCUUCCUGUUAGACUUAAUCUUGAUUCCAUGUAUCUGCAUAUUUAGUUUGCUUUCGUUGUGCAUGUAG